UUUAUUUGUAGGUUUGUGUAGAAUAGAAUCUUUGCUGACAUUUGUCAGCGGGAAUAUGAAUCAAUGUUUAUGAAAUACUGAAAUAGUCUAGAAAGUAUAAGACUGGUGGGGAAACAGCUGUCAUAAUGGCGGAAGAUGGCGACCAGGUUCCGGCUAUUACUGUUAAGGAGCCUCUGGAUCUAGUUCGCCUAAGCUUGGAUGAAAGAAUUUAUGUCAAGAUGAGGAAUGAACGAGAGCUUAGAGGAAGGCUUCAUGCUUAUGAUCAGCACCUCAAUAUGGUACUGGGUGAAGCGGAAGAAACUGUAACCACUGUAGAAAUUGAUGAAGAAACAUAUGAAGAAGUUUAUAAGACAACAAAGCGGAACAUUCCUAUGUUGUUUGUUAGAGGUGAUGGUGUAAUUCUUGUAUCCCCUUUGAUAAGAUCAGGUUAAACAUUGGUGUAUGCCUUGUAUCGUGUUUGAGCAAAUGAUAUGCCAUAAACCUUAUUGCCAAAAUAAAAAGAUCGUAUUGUUGUUACCGGAGUAAA